CUUUCCUAAACGACAAGUCAGGACAACGGUGCAAAUUAGUUAAAUAAGUUUGUUUAGAAAAAAUAUCGAAAAUCAAUUAUUGUGAGUGGUAAAAGUUGUUUUUGGCUAAGACUUAAAUAAUAAUUAAUGAGUAACUAGUCCGCUCGCUCCUAUGACUUUGAGUUUGAGACUCAGUCAUCAACGUAGUCUGCAACGUAGUUGUAAGGGAACGAAAAUAUUUUACACUGAGGACCUAUAAAUAUAAUAAUUUUAUGAUCAGCGUUGUCGUGUGGGCCCUACGGCUGCAGGAGGGGCUCAUAUAUAUAAAUUAAGUAGGGCCUAUGGGCAAGGGGACAAAGUUAUGUGUAAACAAUUUUUUAAUACUUUGGCAUUUGGUUUGAAGGCAGAAGGUACAAAACCUUAAAUUUGCAGGGGGCCUCCGAAAGUCAGGCGACUGCUCUGUCAUGAUAUGAUGUGUGUUUAUUAAUUUAUAACAAUAAUACAAAAGUAUUUCCAUUUAAAUUAUGCUGUUCUUUCGUGUUUGAGAGCUCACAUUCACAGACUCUCAGUCAACCUACUCGGAGUAUUCAUCUAAAAGAAGACUGAGGACUAUUAAGUAAAUUUUGUGUUGAGUUAAGGCUCUAGACUCUAGCUUUUUUAAUAAAGUAUUUGUUCUAAGUCUAAACAUCAAAAUCAAAGUUUGGUGUAGUUGUUUUGCGCAGCUAGGCUUGCCACUGACCCAAAAUUAAGCUGAACUGUCAAAUUAUUUCUUCAACUUCGGUCUUCAUUGAUCAUAAUCAUAUGGUAUUGUCAUAGUAGUUAGAUUUAAGUCGUAGUAAUGUAGUUAAGAACAGAAGGCCAUUGGCUUUAAAGUUAUAGUAUACAUUUUUAUAUCUGUUAAUAUUUCUUCCUUUAAAUUUUACCAUAUGAAAUAAGUCACAAAUAUAUAUUUAAUGAAAUUUAAGUACAUUGUAACUUUUGUAAGGGCUUUGAGACUUUGCCGUUUGCAGGGAGAGUAGAAUUAGAAUAUGGGAAACCCAGGUCUAUAUAAUAAAUGUCAAUGAAAUCAAAAUUCCUUAUUUAGUUUGUUCAUUUAAUCUAUCUAAGGAUUACUAGGAUGUGGUAAAUUUCUAAUAAAAAUCUAACUAGACCUUAGAAAUUAUCAAGUCUACUCUGUAUCAAUCCUUAUUUCAAUAAUUUUUAAAUUUUAUUAUAUUUUUUUAAAAUGUGAAUUCUCAUCUCAUUUAGACAACUAUGGCUAUUUUUGGUCAGUUGCUUCGGUCAGCUGGAAGGAGUUUUUCAACUUCAGCUGUCAGAAAAACACAGAAUUGGCAGCAGGAAGGAAUUCCAGGAUCAGUAAGAUUUUAUUAAUAAAAAUAGGAAUUAAAUUUUUAAAAUAAUCAAAAUCACAUUAAUAUUUAGUAAUGUAAUUAAUUAACCCUAUCUGUGGCAACUGGGGGUAAUACAGUAAUGUAAUUAAUUAACCCUAUCGGUGGCAACUGGGUGUAAUAAAGUAAUGUAAUUAAUUAACCUUAUCAAUUGCAACGGGGUGUAAUACAGUAAUGUAAUUAAUUAACCCUAUCGGUGGCAACUGGGUGUACACCCGGAGACAGACUUUGAUUGCUUAUAUCUCAAGUGUCCUUUUAAUUUUAAUAAACUUUUUUAUACUCUAUCUAAUCCACAAGGUAGUUGGAAUGAACACUUUGGUAGAUGCAAUUGUAUCAAACAUGCGAAACUGGCUUAUUUUUUGGGCCUUAACAUUUUUCUACAGUCCAUCUCAACUGGAUGUAACAUACCCGUACAUAAUUUAACAGAAGAAAAAAAAACUUCUAAACUGGCUUGUGAACAUUUUUUGUUGAUUGUUGUUGAUGAUUUUAGUCUGUAAUCCAUGCCAUAAUAUAGAUUUUAAAUUUUGACAAAAAAUAAAUAUUCUGAAUGGAUUUGGGUACCAGCGUACCAACAAUAAUAACAUAUAUUCAACUUGACAAACCAUUUAAAAGUAGACCAGUCAUAUAUACACAUGGAAAUUAGGGGCUUUGUAGCUCAGUUUGCACAGUUUUCACAUAAACGAACAAAAUGUUCUUUGCAACUAUCUAAUAAACUGACUGCGUUUAAGUGGUUUGGACAGCUGUUUGAAGUGUUUGCAAAGAUUUCCAAACACUGGCGGUGUUCUGCCUCACAACAUCUUCAUGCAUCGGGAUGGAUCGUCUCUACUUAAGCAGGGGUGAGGAAAUACGCAACGUCAAUAUUGACUUCCUGUUUUCUUCUUGUAUUCAUGAGACAUUGAGUUAUUCUGAUAUUUAUAUUUAAAUGCCACUCUUGCUACAAUUGUUGCCAAGUCAAAAAUGUUGAAAAACACAACCAAAGACCAUCUUUUACUUUUAGUUUUUUUGUUUUCACAGAGACCACCUAUGCCUCCUUUGAUUUUGUUGUAAUAGAUCACAAUCUCUGGUUUCUUGCAUUCAGUUUCACUUUCUAUAUCUGGACAAUUGUGUAUUGUGUUCAAGAGCAAUACAUUUUUCUGCUUUGAGCUCCGUUAUUUGUCAAGGUUGUUUCUAGUCUGAACAAAAAAAAUGAUUUUGGGAAUAUCUUGUUCUGUUUCACUGUUCCAACUAGGGUUAGUUGGUUCUUGGCCAUUGGUUCUGCAAGUUGUAGAAGAAUGAAAUAAUAGUCUGUUUUGAAAUUGCGGCCACUUCCAUGGAAGUGCGUUGUGAGAGACAUGACAGUCUCUGGUGAUAUUCCAACAUUUCUCUUUGCUGGCAGGCCACUUGCAUUUUCUUUGCUGAGAUAUGGGCAGCCUUUAAGAGGAUAGUUCGAAGACGAUUCGCAGGCCCAGAAGAUUUUUAUUCCAUACAUUGAAUAAAUCUGCACCGACCUCUGAAACCAACCAGUUCCUCUCCUACUGUGAUGUUCUCUCCAGGAAAAAAGUACCUUGCUAAAUUACUUGGGAAUACUUCUCAUACAUCUCUUAAGGGAUCAAAUAUGUCACGAGCCAGUAAUGAUUAUUCUAGUAUCCUUGUUGUCAAAGCCAAUAUGAAUCAGAAGUUUGCUGAAUCUCUGCAUUGAAAAUGCUGCCCUAAAAUGAGGAUUUCCAUCAACAUGUCUGAAUAAAAAUUCCAUUGAAAUGCUGUUGAGGUGAAGAGUGUGUAGAAGAGCAGCCAAUAAAAGCUUUCAUUUAGACUUAAAUCACAUCAGUCCUGUGCCAUUUGUUUUCUUUUACUUUCUUGCCUUCCCUGCUGGUGCAGUGGCUAUUGUUUAUAUCAUUUUUUUAUUACUGUACAGAACAAUUUAAUGCUUCAAUGGGAGAAACUAUGUGAUGUGUGAAGGGAAUUCGGUUACAAGGCAACUAAAUCAUGCCACAUUGUAAAAAAGAAAUUAACAUAAAGAGAUAAAAGGGGGAGAGACUGCUAUGGGGUUAGCAAAAUAAGAAAUGAGUAAAACAAAGUAUAACAAUUUUAUUCGGUUGUUUGUUCGCUGACGAAGGCUUCAUGCUGACACAUUCAUUGUUUUGUUGUGUUCCAUUUUUCAGGUUUGACCUUACUUUGUUUUACUCAUAUCCUAUUUUGCCAUUUACUGUGUUAUAAGAAAUAUAGGUGUAACCCACCCAGUUGCCAGGAAUCGCCAGAAACCCUUUUUCCCAUUAUAGUAAGUAUACGAGUGUGCCACAGCCAGUCACGAUGGACAGGGUAUAUAAUAUGUUGCCGUGGAUGGGGUUAAUUAGAUUUUUUUUAAAUAUAAAAGAUACCCUAGAGUAAUGUCAUUGUAUUUUGAUGUAAAUAAUUCUAACCCUUCAUAACCCUUCAUAAAACAAAACAAAUAUCGGUCUUAGAAAUAACUGCUAUAUCUUAUGAAUCUGCAAAACAUGUUGGUUGCUUCCUAUUCUUUAGUUUACAUAAAAUUAAUAUUGCUCUUACAAUUAUCCUACCAGUUUCAUAAGUAUGGUUUAAAUGAAUACAAAUCUGAAUGUUCUUCUGUAAUCAAUUCUGACAUAUUUAUGAUAGAUUUUUUAAAAACUAACUAAAACUUAAAUCAAAGUACCCCUGUGGCAUUUUAUGAGUUUAUUGUUUACUUAUAUUUUAGUUUUAUAUAUCGUCAAAGACCAGAAAUGUUCUUUGGCAUUUUAAAUACCAAGUAUGACAUAAAAUGAUAAACAAAACUGGCAUUUAAAAUGUAUGUUAAAUAUUUCAAGACUAUAAAUUUUUCAUAAAUUUAUUAUCACAGCUGGUAUAGAGCUUUAUUUUUAACACAGUAUUAGGCAAAGAUGUACUUUUAAAAACCAGCUAUGACAAAACUCUAAAACCUCUCAAUUGUUUAAAAUAAUUUCUGUAAAAUUCACUACAAUGUUAUGAUUUUUAUACUCAACAGAACCUCCCCUUUGACAUCAAUAACAAGAUAAAGUUGACUCUCAACUUCAUCAUAUUCUUUAGUACUGGAUUGACAGCACCUUUCCUACUAAUGCGUCGACACUUACUGAGCCUUUACACGCCUGAAACUGUACCUAUCAAAAGUAGAAUCAGAACUAAGCCAGUUAUUGAUGAGGUUGAAAUUGAUGGAGACAUGGAACAUUGUUAAGUUCAGCAUUCAAUUUUGUCCAACAAGUUAAGAACUGUCAAGAUGUUCUGUUGUACUAAUGAUUAAGUGCUAUCAAGACGUUCUGUUGUCAAGAUUUUCUGUUGUGUCAAUGACUGUUUGUUGAUAAAUAAAUAUUUCAAUUCCAAUUUUUUCAAAACUUUUUAUUAUGAAUAAAAAAGAUGAAUACUCUUGUAA